CACUACUUCCGGGUUAAAAGAGGUAGAGGAAGUUCUCCAGAAAGGUUGAUACAUCUGUAUAAAUUAUAAGAUAAUGACAACGAUAAAAAUCGGGAUUAUUGGAGGUUCAGGAUUGGACAAUCCAGAUAUUCUUGAAGGUCGUACUGAAAAAUUUGUUGAAACCCCAUUUGGAAAGCCCUCAGAUGCUCUGCUGAUUGGGAAAAUCAAAGAUGUUGACUGUGUGCUUCUUGCAAGACAUGGAAGGUCACAUAAGAUCAACCCUACUAGUGUGAACUACAGGGCCAAUAUCUGUGCCUUAAAGAUGGAGGGUUGUACCCAUUGCAUUGUUACUACAGCCUGUGGGUCACUCCAGGAAGGCAUACACCCAGGCGAUAUUGUCUUUCUCGACCAAUUCAUUGAUAGGACUCAAAAGCGCACACAGACAUUCUUUGAUUGCAGUGAAACUGGGAUGAAAGGAGUAUGUCAUAUACCAAUGCAUACACCUUUCUGUGAUGAUUCAGUACAGAUUCUAAUAAAUUCAGCCAAGGCCAUAGGUCUUAACCAUCAUCCCACAGGUACAAUGCUGACAAUUGAAGGACCAAGAUUCUCUUCAAAAGCAGAAAGUGUAUUGUGGCAUCAAUGGGGGGCUCAUUGUGUAAAUAUGUCUACAGUUCCAGAGGUUGUGCUAGCCAAGGAGGCAGGCCUUUCUUAUGCUGCUAUUGCUCUAGUGACAGACUAUGACAGCUGGCAUGAGUCUAAAGAACCAGUAAAUGUUGAGAAUGUACUGAAGACAUUCAAGCAGAAUGCAAAACAGGCUUGUGAUUUAAUACUUCACGCCAUUCCAAAGUUUGCUCAGAAAGAUUGGACGGAUAUUGUUAAGGCUAACAAGGACUUAGUGGAAGGCUCUAUAAUGCCUGGGACGAAGUAGCAAUCUUCAACAGACCAACAAAGCAGUAGAGAAUAGAAACCUAACCAGCUUAAUUCUAAACAUAGGACACUGGGAAUGAGAUAUUAAAUGUGUACGUCUUAUUCAGGAUGCCCUAAUCUAAUCAAGUGUAUGUUAAUACAGUAGAAUCAGAGUUCGUUCACAGAAACUGACAAAAAGCUCAAUUAGACUAUAAUUUGCUGGUUGCUUGGCACAUUUUGCACAAGCUUGUAGAUUCUUCCAUUUUCUAGAAUGAUUCUCCUGGACUCACCAGCCAUGUUGAAAAUAACAAGGCAAUGAAUAUUGAUAUAAAGAUAAAAUGUUCUCGCCAUUAGAAAUCUCGCUAAAGAUUUAGACUACAAGACAAUCCUCUCACAUUAACUUCAGUCAGACCUGUGUUAGUGAAAUGUGUUUGGUUCCACUAAGAGGUGUUCCAUUUGAGGUUUUACUGUAGUUCUACUCAGUUAUGCCUCAAAGAUGGCAGCUGCAUUACAGUAUCACACAAUGAAUGAAAAAUAUCUUUAGGACAUUCCUUUUGAUUAAGGAACUAUCUUUGUCAGGGGAUUUAGAUUCAAUGUCUUCAAGCAUGGAUUACAAGAUGUGGCUAACCUGCAAUAGAGAACUGUGAAAUAACUACUGCAAUAAACAACUUUGGUGGUGGAUGAUAGAGGUUAAAUGUGCACAAUAUUGAGUAUUACUUUCGAGUAUUUUUUUCUAGCAAUUUUAUUCUUAUAUUUUUGAUGAAUAAUAAUAUACUAUACUGUAUUUGCCAUGAACUUGGCACUUUUGUUCUGGUAUUUGGUGAAUAAAAGUACAUGCACAGGGUGACUCAAAAACCAUUACACAAUAAUUUUUUAAUAACUUCAAAUACUGAUGGUAUCUGGGAUUUUGUGGAGAUUAGUGGUGACAUACUUUUUUGUGGCCAGUGUUCAGC